CUCUCCGGUCUCAACUCUCUCCGCUCUCCUCGUCUCCCUCCUUCCUCCACUCUCCCAGGUGUCUUUCUCUCUCCCCCACUCACACAAACACGCUCAGACUCUUCUGCUCCCCCACUCCCUCUCUCUCUCUCUCUCUCACGCGCCUUCCCCUUUUCUCGUGGACAUAUCUCUGGCGGUUUGCCGCAUGGAAGUCGCCUAGGAAAGGCAGAAUCUCGUCCGUCUGAUCCGGACGCGGUCUCGCCACUUACCGAUCAGUGUACGGGCAAACCGGACGGCGCACGCGCAUUUACCGGGAUUCAUCUGGAUAUAACGCGUUUAUCCGCUGACCGACUGACGGGAGAGUCCAAAUCCCGGCUUCAUUCCAGCAGACGGGGAAAUAUUUAUGACUCAAAGGUUGUAAUUGUAAAGACGACCAGGUCAUCAAGCGCGCAAAAGCCGCAGCUUUAAACAUUACGCGCGGCUAAUUCUAUUUCUUUUCUAUUCCCGCUGUCCCCCGCACGGACAAACCGGGGACCGGAGGUGGGGGGGGGGCACUUCCACGGCAUGGAGUCCUGAUUUUAGCAAGCGACCCAUUGGGAGGAAUGAAAUUGAGAAAACCCGCUGCCGUGAUGGAAUUUUAAUAACUUAAUCCUGACAAUAAUACAGGGGGAUAUUGCGGCAGAGUUGGACACUCCAGAGAGCAUCGCAACUUUUUUCAGUCUCUCUUUUAAUCUCGUCGCCUCUCUUCGUCUCUCUCGCCCGUGGGACUUCUAUUUUCGUGACUGAUUUGCGGCACUUCUCCCCCUGUCAUGGACCGGUCGACGUCUUUGGAUAUAGAAGCUCUGAAGGAAAUGAGAACAGGCUCCUUUGGGAUCAUCCAGGGCCACAUGGCAAACAGACAUAGUCACACAUCUACAAUGACCCAGGAACAGUACAUUCUGGCAGCGCAGCCCAACCCCCUCCACCAACGGGGGGCGUCGGUGUGCGGCGCGCAGGUUUAUCCUGCCGUGGGAAUCUAUGGCUGGAGGAAGAGAUGCUUGUACUUCUUCAUCCUCCUGCUCCUCGUCACGAUGAUCGUCAACCUGGCACUGACCAUCUGGAUCCUCAAAGUCAUGAACUUCACUCCGGAUGGAAUGGGGAAUCUGCGGGUGACCAAGGAAGGCGUCAGAUUGGAGGGAGUGUCUGAAUUCCUAUUGCCUUUAUAUGUAAAGGAGAUCCAGUCACGCAGGGACAGUCCACUGAUUCUGCAGUCAGACAGGAACGUGACUGUCAAUGCGAGGAACGAUCAGGGGCAGCUGACGGGUCAGCUCACCGUGGGUUCAGAGAUGGUGGAGGCUCAGUGUCAGAGGUUUGAGGUGCGGAGCGCAGACGGAGAGACGGUUCUGUUCUCGGCAGACGAAGAGGAGAUCAGCAUCGGCACAGAGAAGCUCCGAGUCACAGGAAAUGAGGGUGUGGUGUUCAGCCAUUCUGUGGAGACAUCGCAUGUACGAGCAGAACCCUCCCAGGACCUAAAGCUGGAGUCCCCGACUCGAACCCUGACCCUGGAGGCACCCAGGGGGGUAGAGGUCAACGCUGGCGUGGGAGACUUUACAGCAUCCUGUAGGAAGGACCUCCUCCUGCAGUCUUCAGAGGGAGAGAUCCUACUAGAUGCCAACACCAUUAAACUGGGCAACAUUCCCCUGGGCAGUGCUGUGGACCCCUUGGAAGGGGCUCCUCCCGGCACCACCUACACCAAACAGACUGUGUACGAGCUGUGCGCCUGUGCUAACGGCAAACUCUACCUGUCUCCAGCUGAGAAAGGCUCCACCUGCCAAACCACCAGCAACUUCUGUCUCUGGAGCUGAAAGCGGGCGGCGGACACACAUCUGGGACAUGUGGACUGCUGAAGCUAAUGCUAGCCAACAGACUGAACUGACGCAGAUCAUGGCUUGGUGGGAAGCUAACGCCAUUUACCAGACUGAAUCGACAUGAAUCGUAGCAUGGUGAGAUAUUCAUGUCUGCUAACCAACUGAAUAUUAUGGAUUACAACUUGACAGAAAGCUAAUGCUUGCUAACAGACCAAAUCAACAUGGACUAUGGCUGGUGAAGCUAACACCGGAUGAAUUACUGACUGAACAUGAGCUUGGCUACAAGCCAUUGCCACUCGCAGACCAAACUACUCUGGACCGGUCAGUAGCUAAUGCUGGUCGAGACGACUCCGGAGGGAAAGCUAAGGAGGAUGUGGCCGUCGACGGACAGACGCACUCCGGGGCCCUCUACUCUUCAACACAGGCGGGUUUGUCUGAGAUGAGGCACCUCCUUUCUCUUUCUUUCGUUAGAACUAAGAAAUGCGGCGAUGGACCGACAACAUGAGAGCAGGGACAUGGACGAGGACCCUGGGUUCCCAUUAGGCAGCCAACAGAUCAGUGUAGUGGGAAGCUGAGGCUAGCUGAUGGACCAAUCUAUACCAGAAAGGCCUUCCCCCUCCUGCCCCUCCUCCCCCUUUAGUCUUUCAACCCAGAAGUUGAUGUUUGACCUUUUCACACCUGAUAGUGACUAUGUUUUUCCAACUCAACUUUUAAUAUCUGAUGCAAAUAAGCCUUCUUUGUCAUCAUCUGAUGUUUGACAUCUUUUGCUGUUCAUUUCUGUCAUGUGUCCUGUUUACUUCUCCUUCCAGUUCUUUGCCUCUAUAUUAUGCUGCUGCUUUCUUUUGGUUGGAAGUUAUGUUGUUCUGUCUGCUUCGCCUACAGUUCUUGCUUUGGACUCAUAAACAACAUGUCAUUCUGCCAGUUCGCUUUCUUUCACCACUCUGUUUACGAAACAGCAAACAUCCUGCUGUUUUCUUCAGGUGAACUGAAAAUACAAGCAUUUUUACUGACCGUUUCUCCCAUUUAUUUUUCUCCAUUGCUAUCCUUUUCUGGAUUUUUGUAGUUCGCAACAACGGAAACAAAAAAAAAAAAGAAAAGUUGCAUUUCCUUAGCUGGAUUGAGAUAUAGAUGGAUGCUACGACAGACAACACAUAUUGGGCUCAAACGUCCACUAAGGCAGAGUGGGCCACCAGCUGGCAGCUGGCCAUCCUGGCCAAACCGGCCUUGUUAUGGGAUGUUUAUAACAUCACCUGGUGUUUUAAUGUCUCCUUUGUGAUGUUUUUUUUUUCAUUAUGUCCUUCUCUUUUAAUUUCUUGCUUGCUUUCUUAACCAUUACUCAUCACAUACCUAUUGAUGAUUUUGUUUUAACUAUGUUUGCUUCUACAUCUCUUUUCCUCUGUUCUUUCCCCCCAGUCUUACACUGUGGCCCCCAAGUUUUGCAACCUACCUAAAGGAAGUCAAGCUGGUCCAAAAUAUGAUUUAGGAUUUUCCUUUUUUACAUGUUUAAUCAGUCUCUGAUGGGAGGAUCAGUGUGGAUGGUCUCUAAACCAGUGUUCAACCUCUGCAGUGACUGGAUAUCAAACAAAAUCAGCAGAUUUGUGUGGCAGAGACCUCCGUGAAAGAAAGUGUGGAUGGAUGUUGUUGUAUGUGUAUGGACUUAGUUGGAAUAAGGCCCUGAGGCGAGCCUCUCUUUUUUAAAACAAAGCGAAACACAGGUGCCUUUGCUGCUGUUGGUAAAAGCACAUCACAGUCUGAACAUUCACACUACCCACAGUGGACCAUCUGCAACCGUCCCUGGACAAACUAUUUAUCAGUCUACCUAUCUAUCUAUUUAGUUUUCUGUCCUUUUCCUUCCCGUCUCUCCUUAGUUUGUAGAACUAUCAGUAUAUCCAGCUGAAAAAAGAAUAAUUCAAUCCUGGUUCAAUGUUUAAUUUUCUGAUGCUCCCUUAUGGUUUUAUUCUUGAUAAUAAAAAAGCACAAAAUUAUGCCAUGUAUAUAACAAUCCCAAUAACAUACAAAAUAAAAUGAUAUUGUUUAUAAUGAGCAUCUGUUGUCUUCAUUACUAAAGCAAACCUCAUGGGAACAAGGAAUUAAACUAUCUCUAAGCUCAGGAUCAUACUAAAUGCAGCCUGAUCAAUAAAGGCUUUAACAGAUAACUACAAUGCUUUCAACAAGGUUAGGUGGAAUUUGCAAACUCCACAGUUCUGACUGCUGCAUGGUUUUUUGAACAUGCAUCAUUUUGCUGUAACAUUUUUGAAUUUUUGAUGAAAUGUCCUGAAUAUAAAAAUCACAUACAGUAACAAAUGGACAUAAAAGAAAUCUCUUUUAAUCUCUUUAGUCUCAUACUGUACCUUCUCUCUUGAUUUUUCCCUCUAAUAUUCUGUGUAUAUUUACUAAUAUAGAGAUUUAGUUUUUAUCACUGUGGGGUGACUAUUGAAUCUAUAUCUCUUCAUUAUUAUAAACCUUUUCUGGUAUUUUCUGGCAUUUUUGACCUUUUGGUCUUUACAUUCUCCUUAUUAGACCACAGAAAUCAAAGUGCAUGCUUUUCAUUCAGGACGCUUUCAAAGCACUCAGUGGCAGCACUCAUUCAAAUGUCAGAUGUGCCCACUGACCCCUGAGGCAGUCAGAUGGCACUAAUCCAACCAUUCACAGGUAAUUUUCCAUCAUUUCUUUUUAGACUGGUUGUUUUCUACGUCAAUGAUGUCAAUGAUCCAACAACAGCUGCAUUUCGGUUUUGCCUAUGAGGAGAUAUAUACUGUACAGUAUGAUAACAAAACAAAUAUCUGUGGCGUGGUUUACUUUAAAACAUUUAAAAGUAUACUGUAAAAGUCAAAAGUAAUGGCACAGUUUCAAACUUCAUUCAUCCCAUAGUGAAACUGCUUCCAGAGUUGAGACGGCUACAACAUCCGGACUAAUAAUAAAUAAUAAAUGACUCAUCAGUCACUGCAAGAUGUACAGUAAAUGACAUAUGAUGUCCAUACUGUACCUGUGUGUAAAUCAGAUGAUGUCAUCCUGCUGCUGUGGCAUCUUUAGUUCCUGUACGUCGCUCUUGUGACAUAGCCUAAAACACAGAACAGAGAACUUCUUUGCAACUGCAAAAAACAAUGCAUUAUUUAUACAGAUUCUCAUUUUCACAUUCAAUCUAGCUCAUUUUGAAACUAAUGAAUUGGCAAAUUGGAUAAGAAACACUGCAUUGAUGCAUAAUAUCUUAAAGGUUUUUGUUGCUAAAUCCAUACAGAGCUCAUUUAUCACGUCAGCUCAAACUAAUGAGACGCAACUUCUCUUGUGAGUUAGCAAACAUGCAACCUUAGUUCUUAUCCCAUAGGUGAUGGUUUAUUAAUUUAUGAGAAUAAAGAAAGUGAUACUCACCUUACUGAAACCAUAUGAAUGGCAGAACUGUUUGUAAUGUAACAUAAACAUUGAGCUAACUUGAUACAGUACCGUAGGUUACAUCUUCGUUCUUUAGCAUUAGCCAAGUGCUAUUAGUCGUAUGCUGGUUGUUUCUGUCAUUAUUCCUCAGACUCUUUUAGUGUCAAAUUCUUUAUUCAAAUGUCAAAUAUUGUCUGUGUAAAAAGUUCAAGAUCAAAUAUAUGCAUACAUUUUAUAUACAUUCACAUGUGCUGAAAAGUGAAAGGCUCAGCUGAAGAAAAAACACAUGUUUGUAUCACCCGCAGUAUCAAUAGUACAUUACCAUUAUUACUGUGACAACACAGGAAAAAAAGAAUACACACAGAAAUGAACAAAAAAUAGAAGGGGAGAUAGUGAAGAGGUAAUUAAAGUGAUUUUAUUCCAAAGAACUGUCAUAAAUUUGGACUCUAGAGUUGAUAUUGCUGCCAUUUCCUGUUUUAUUUUUACUCCACCUCCGGUCUAGUUCUGUUCUUGUUUGUUCCAUCUUGAUUAUCCAGUCAUGUGAUCUCCCAGCUGCUGUCAAUCAUUUAUCUAGCCAGGUAUUUAAGGACCAGCAUUCACCCAAGCCAGUUGCCAGAUUGUUGCAUGUAAUCACCACUUUCCAGCCUUUACCUACUGUUCCAGUCUGUGUAUGACCUUGCUCCCGAUCUUGUUCUUGACUGCCUUGACUCCUUGUACUUUUGCCACUGCCUAGUGUUAUGGACCAGAGCCUGUUCUCUGACCUCCUUGUUUGUACCUCUGCCUGUGACCUUCUGUGGUUGACCUCUGCUUGUACAAACAAGUCCCCAGCCUGAACAUUAGAACCUUCUUACCCACUGUCUCUGCGCUGUCUGACAAGAAUAGCCUUUGGUCAAUUCAUAAACAGACACAACAGUGAAAUGGACUGAAGUAAGGAGACUGGCUCAGUAGUGCGACAGAGAUUGGCUUGGUCACUGUUUCCCUCAGCUGCUCUCAGUCUUCAUUUAUAUCACUACCUGUGCCAAUAUCCUGAAAGGCAAUGUACAGAUCUAAACUUAAAGGUUUCAAACUUACCACCAGCUUGUUUUAUACAUCUAUAAUCCCAUAAUUCAUUUAUGAGUGCUUGGAUUUAUGACUAAGAAUUCUAAACUAUAUGCUGUGAAUAUAAAAAUUAAAAUUCUGUGGCUCCAAAAGCCUGGCAGAAAUAGUCUACCUGAAUCUACUAAUGCAUCAAAAAGGUGCUAUGGCUGCAAGGACACGCACAGGUCUGGACAAGAGUUGCCCUAACACAAAGAGAGUGUUAAAAAAACAAUCAAAAUCAUUUGUUUGAGGAGGCAGAGAUGGGCCCAGCCCAAGAUGAAAGCAUUUUUAUAACAUUUAAUAACAGUAAAACAAAUGCAAUGAUUUCAACCGAGGAUACCAACAUAGACAUUAUUAUUGGCGAUGUUGCAUUUUCUACUUCCUUUAAUAGAAAGUGUGCAGCGUUUAAGCUCAGAGCUUAGUCGUCGUUUCGUUCUUUCCGUUUAUGCUCUUCUGUUGUCAUGUCACAGCAUGAGUUUAAAGUUGUAUCUUUACAAUGUAGGGAGGGUGGAGCUUUGAUCAAAGCAAGGACAGAGAGGAAGAGGAAGCUGUGGGGCCAGUAGUUAAUCUCGCCUCAUUUUUUAGAAACUUGCAUCUUGUUCUUCUCAACUUUUUAUUAUGAUCUGCGUGUGUGUCCUGUGGCUGGUACUUUAAUGCAGAACCUGAGGGAGUUUAUCAAACACUCCAGCCAACGACUGAGGAGCAAGUCUACAGCAGCCUCACAGUGAUGGAGCAGGACUCCUCACAGCCGUCACCACAUCCACUCACUCUCUAACUGCUGGAGUCUCACUCUAUGUGAUAAAAUGAUGAUCUGACGAACCCAACUGAUGAAUGCGUGCAAUGAACGUUAUGCUACCAAAGGAGAACAUUAAAUGGCCAUAUUGUGGGGAAUUAACUGUCUAUGGCUGCUGCAAACAAAAUAAUUUCCAUAUUGUGCUUUUUGUUCAAAUUGUGAGUUGUCAAUAAAAUGGUUUUCAUCUCUUUUAUGUGUAUUUGUACUGUACAUGUUUUCUAUUUUAUAAUACUGUGGUAUGUGUGUACUGUCUUUACUACUGUAGACUGGCUGGUUAUAUGUUGGGUGUCCAUGUUGGGUAACAGGUAGGAUUAGGCCUGUAGGGAUGUAGUGUUUUAAGGAGCGGUGUCCUCACACAGAAGGACACAGCUGGUGUGUCUGUGAGUCAGAGGGAGGAGUUUUGACCUAAUCGAGGGUAAAGAGGAAAAGGAAGUUAUCCUCUGCAGAGACAGUCGUGAACUUAGCCUCAUUCCUGUUCACUAGUGUUUGUGUGCGUUGUCAGUUUCACAAUGAUGAAAGUCUGUGUGUGGACCGUG